AUGCACCACCGUGGCCGGGUAUCCACUCGCGACCUCUCUCUCUCAUUGUCCCAUACCAACGCACGCACACCAUCAAGCGUUCUAGCCACCAUGCAAGCGGUGAGGCCGGCAGCGAGGGAGGAGGCGGUGGAGCAGCUGCAUGCGCAGGACAUGGGGGAGUCGGAGGCGCAGGAGGUCAGGGAGGUGGUGAAGGCGGUGGAGGAGGAGACGCCUGAGGAGAAGGAGGUGGCGGUGGUGGGAGAGCAGAAAGCUGCCCAUGCCGAGGUGGAAGCCGAGGAGAUGGAGGUGGAGGCGGAUAUCGAGGCUGAGGCUGGGGUGUCGGCCAAGAAGAAUCGGAUCCAGGUGUCCACCAACAAGAAGCCGCUUUACUUCUACGUUAACCUCGCCAAGAGGUACAUGCAGAACUAUGAUGAGGUUGAACUCUCUGCUUUGGGGAUGGCCAUUGGCACUGUUGUGACUGUAUCGGAAAUCCUAAAGAACAAUGGCUUGGCCACAGAAAAGAAGAUCCUGACAUCAACAAUUGGCACCAAAGAUGAGUCAAAGGGGCGACUCGUCCGUAAAGCCAAGAUUGAGAUCUUGCUGUGUAAAUCAGAGAACUUCAAUAGCAUCAUGUCCAACAAAAAGUCACACAAGUCUGUUGACGAUGAGAUGAAGGUCUGA